AUGCAGGCUGAUAAUCUUAGAGCUGACCUGAAAACCCAAAAACAAGACAACAAAAAUCUAACAUCUGAAUUACAAUUGACUCAAGCCAAAUUACAGACAAAGCAGAACGAAGUGAAAACACUCGGCGAGGGUUUAAAAACCGUGGAAGAAGAUAACAGAAAUCUAACCUCGGCGUUACAAUCGACCCAAGCAACAUUACAGACAAAACAGGAAGAAGUAGAAACUCUCACUCAGGAAAUCAAUUCCAAAGUCGAGUCUUUCUGUACUCUGACAUUCAAGCCAUCACAUAAAAUCAUUAAACGAUCAAGUGAUGUCACGAGAAUAAUGAAAAAACUGGACGAGCUUUACAACGAAAGUAAUGGAGCUUUCAGCACCAUUUAUCUAUCAGGAAUUCCAGGCUGCGGAAAAAGCCACUGA